AUGUCACCUCUGAAGGAGAGACCUGCUCUGUUCCAGCCUCUCAAAGUGUGCAGGCUGAGUACUCCCAGUCUCUUGUUCAUCCCGCAGCUGCCGCCUCCUCUACUCCCCCCUGCUCCAGUGACAUCGGUUUGGUCAACCGUUCAUAAUAUCAUCACCACAGUCACGUCUAUAGGGGGAAUCUUGUACGCCCUCUACUGGCUUUGGAAAACUUACAUAUCACCUUGGUUAUUUGGCUGUAAGCCAAAGAAGAAGCCAAUAGAAGCUUCACUGUCAGAUCUGGAGGCCGCAGUAGGCAACUGCGUAACUGAUAUACAGAUUAUCCGCACUAGCCUGGAUACUCUGGCGGAACAGAAGGCUUCAGAGUUGACACAGGGAGUCGUCGUGUCACGGAUACAAGAGGUCAAGUCCGAGAUUGGGAGCCUCAAGGCGCUGUUGUUGAACAGAAGUCAGUUUCCUGCAACUCCAGCUCCGCUGGGGAUUCCUGCCUGGCAGCUGAGAGGAGAGGAUUCCACCCACAUAGAACCUCGUGAACGGGAGGAAGGAGGCUCGGGAGGUUCUGGGUCGCCCGCCAACACCAACGGCAGUGACAGUAGUCUGGAGAUCGUCAAAGAUCCAAACAACCCGUGAGGAGACCCGUGAGAUGUGACAGCACUGUGCUCGUUCCUACCGAUACACUGGUCUCAGAUCGAAUUUAUCUCAUUGUUUUGUAUAUACUGCAUUCUUGUGUGGAUGACACGAAUAUGAGAGUAAAUGUUAAAUCAUCGUCA